ACUGAAACUGGCAUUUUUUGUGAACUAUGGUUUCCCUUCUUAGAAGUAAAGAAGUAUUGGAUUAAACAUCUUAAUUAAUAACAAAGACCUAUGUUAUCUAUAGGUCUUUGUUAAUAAGUAUACUACAACCGCAUUAAAGCUUGUAAACGACGUGUAUUUAUAAACGAACUGUGUGCCCUAAAUAGUUUUACUAUUAGAUAAUGAUUCAUUGUAAAUAGAGUUCAAAUUCAACAAAUACAUUGCUGGAACAUAAAACUAAAUAUGGCUGGAGUUAGCAAUGAAACACACAGACUAGCUCCUUUCCUUACGAAAGACUUUCGACAGUUCGACUUAAAAUUUCCACAUUUUAGGCAGCCUGAGGAAAUAGGCUAUUUCUCACUGGACAUAAAUAGAGAGUUUAGUAUAAGUAAACAGCAGCUGAAGUACUUUAUAAAGCCAUCAGACUUAAACAAUGUCUGCUUUGAUCUCAAGAAAAGAUAUAGUGAUAUGGUUAAAAAAGAUGAGUCAAAAUCAGAGAAGAUAGAUAAUUUAUUAAAAUGGAUCAAUGGAAAUAGAGACAAGUUUGUACUUAAAGCUUCAAAAGAACUUGUUGCUGAUGACAUUUCAUCAAAUAGGGAUCUUCAUACUGAUUUCAUCUGCUGGAGGGGCUUGCUGACCAAGAUACUCUGCACGCCAUAUGAGAACAGGGAUGAUUGGAAGAUUGCAGUAACAAGGUACAAUGGCACUUACUACCUGUGUGAAUACAACACUGAGGCUAAGAUAGCGCAGACAGCUAAACUGACAGAGAGGGACAAGGAAAUAUGCUGUUGGGGAUGGAAAUUUGAACAGUACCUUACUGCAGAUACUAAGGAUGCGAAACCCAAUACAGAUACACCGUUCAACAACUGUGAGGAAUUUGGCACUGUCGUACGCUCUAGACUGAAUUCGCAUUCACUGGUUUUUGCUGGAGAAGUAGAUGCCAUCGAUACUACAGGAAAGAAACCUCACUAUGUAGAAUUCAAAACAACCAGAGAUUUCACACACCAAAAGCAGUUAAUUAGUUUCAAACGAUUCAAGUUGAUCAAAUGGUGGGCUCAGAGCUUCCUUAUUGGAAUCCCAGAGGUAAUUUGUGGCUACCGUGACGAUGAUGGUGUGGUCCAUCGUCUGGAAUCAUUCAACACCAACACAAUACCAUCUAUGACAAAGGAUCUCUACAACCCAUGGCUGCCAAAUGUGUGCUUUAACUUCUUAGACCAGUUCCUGUCCUUCAUUAAAGACACAGUCACAGAGGAUGACUACAGACUUGUUCACCUAUUGGAGUGGAUGCCUGGCAAGGACGUGUUGUGCACAAGACUGGGACGUGACUCCCAGUACCAGUUCCUACCAGACUGGUACACAAACCAGCAAGAGCCUGCCAUAAAGCACACUGUUUGAAGUAGAUUUUGUGUUAAAAUGUAAUGUGUCAGUCAGCAUAGGCUAAGUUGGUAUUUUCUGCUGGAACCAGAAGUACAACACAUUGUGCAGGUUGAAAACAUAAUAUAAGUACAUAAGUGGAAACUGUUUACUACAUUUAGAAGUUUGAUUAAUUUUGAAGGGCAGAAUAAUAACCUUGUAAUUAGUUUAGCCUAUGCAGGGCUCAACAUUAACCUAAAAACCAACUUGCCCUGCCGGGCAAGUAAUAAGAAAAUCUACUUGCACUGAACGUAAAGCCCCUUUCCCAAACAUGAAAUAUCACAUUAACUGUUAACCAUUAACUGUAAACCUCAUAUGUUUAAACAAGAUGUGUUUUAGAAACACAAUGUCCCCCUAUAUGACGUUUGACAUUGAAGGAUGACCUUGACCCUUCACCACUCAAAAUGUGCAGCUCUAUGAAAUACACAUGCAUUUCAAAUAUAAAAUUGCUAGCUUCAAUAUUGCAGAAGUGACAUUACAUGGGCAAUUUUGACCCAUAUAUUUGACCUUGAAGGAUGACCUUGACCUUUCACCUCUCAAAAUGUGCAGCACCAUGAGAUACACAUGCAUGCCAAAUAUCAAGUUGCUAUCGUCAAUAUUGCAAAAGUAUACAUAAAAAAGCGAUUUGGGCCACAUAUAUUUGACCUCUGACUUUGAAGGAUGACCUUGACCUUUUACCACUCAAAAUGUGCAGCUCCAUGAGAUACACAUGCAUGCCAAAUAUCAAGUUGCUAUCUUCAAUAUUGCAAAAGUACUCAUAAAAUGAGCGAUUUUGUCCACAAAAUUUUUGACCUCUGACCUUGACGGAUGACCUUGACCUUUCACCACUCAAAAUGUGCAGCUCCAUGAGAUACACAUGCAUGCCAAAUAUCAAGUUGCUAUCUUGAAUAUUGAAAUACUGCAAAAGUGUACAUUAAAUGAGCGAUUUUGACCCAUAUAUUUGACCUUUGACCUUGAAGGAUGACCUUGACCUUUCACCACUCAAAAUGUGCAGCUCCAUGAGAUACAUAUGCAUGCCAAAUAUCAAGUUGCUAUCUUCAAUAUUGCAAAAGUUAUUGUAAAUGUUAAAGUUGGCGCAAACCAACCAACCAACCAACAGACCGGGCAAAAACAAUAUGUCCCCCACUACUAUAGUGGACAUAAUAAAGAUCAAAAUGAUACACCACAAAACCUUUUUUUAUUUUUGCACAUUUAACAAAAUAAUUACAGUAAUUAAAAACUUAUUUAAGUCUAAAUAUAGAUUUGUGACAAUAUUUGAUUAUUAAACAUUGCUCCUAACGAUUCAUCAUAUCUCAACCAUUCAAACUCACUUUUCCAUAAUGGUAAAAAGUUGCGUUUUCGUUUCAAUUCGCAAUUUUUGGCACUUUUGGAUGAUUUUUCUAUGCAUUUUUCAUUGGAUUUUGAAGACUAAAAGUUACUUGUAAAGCCGAAGCUAAAUAAAAUUGACAUUUCUCGUCUGCUAACAGUUCUGUUAACAACAUUGAACAUGUGAACUGUAACAAAAAUGUCAAUUGACGUAAAGUAAAAGAUUGUUGAAAAUGUAUGUCGCAAAAUAUGAAAUAUGUAUGUACCAAA